CUCUGUUCGACCUGAAUUUGUGUUAAAUAGAAAACGUGCUACACGUUUCCAGCGUUUCCUCCAUGGGAGACACCACACUGUACCUUUAGGCAUGGUGAACUCAUUGGCUCCUUUUUGUCCCUUGCCUCUUUCUUCAUUAUUAGCCAAGAGCAGCUGUCUGAGUUAAACAAUCUUUAGAUUACUUGACUUCCAGGUUGCUUAUCCCAAGGCUAGAACUUUAUGAGCUGUUUGCAUUGGACUGUCUUUAUUGGACUUCGUGUGUGUGUGUGUGUUAUGUGAACUCCUUGGCAGUGACCCCUAUCAUUUCCUGAAACCUGAUUACAGAAUUGAAGCCUUGGUGCCAUGGUACAGGCUGGGUUAAUGACUUUGUUUAUACUGAUACAAGCGAUCCAGUUAAGGUCCAAGUCUUCUGGCACUUUCAUUGAGAAAACGGUCUUCUGGGCCACGUGGAGACUUCAUUUCAUUCUAACCAGUCAGCCCAGGGCAGCCUUGUUUUUCAAUGAACUGCUGCUGCUCGUCAAAGGGAGGUCAAGGCUGCUGAAGUGGGUGGAUUUAUUCACCCAUUCAGGAGCCUUAUAAGCAGAGAUGACAGCAGCCAAGGGAAGAACGGAAGAAGCCACGGAGCAGCAAGAAGGUGCUGUAGCUGAAAGGGUGGGACACCUGCUCAAGCAGCAGGUGGGAGGAAAGCACUUGGCUUUCAUUGUACAGAGGUAGUAAGCUUUGCUCCGACAUGAAUAUGGAGUGUGAGAAGUGUCCUUGCCAUCGUGAGGAAAACGAGAAUGCCAUUCUCUACACCCUCCUCAGUGAGAACUUGGCUCACCACAAGGGUAGCCGUGGCUCUUCCCAGCAACGCUGCUUGUGCCAUAAGCGCCGCACUGUUUGCCUUCAGACCCCACAAGCUACCUGCCAGGCAGCUUCUGAUGUCUUGGUGAAGACCAUCAGCUUCAUGAAGAAUCUGCCUUCCUUCCAGCUCCUGCCUUGGGAAGACCAGCUCUUACUGCUGGACAGCUGCUGGGCUCCCCUUUUCCUUCUAGGCUUGGUGCAGGAGAUGGUGACCUUUGAGGUUAUGGAAACCCCAGUACCCAGCAUGCUGGAGAGGAUCCUUCUUGAUGGCCAGUGCAAGAGACAGGAGCUGCAGCGGGUGCAGCCCACCUUGGCCAGUGUGCAGCGCCUCCAGUGCUGUUUGAACUCUUUCUGGAGCCUAGACUUGAGUCCUAAAGAAUAUGCCUAUCUGAAAGGUGCAAUUCUGUUCAACCCUGACAUUCCAGGUCUCAGAGCUUCCUCAUACAUUGAGAGCCUCCAGCGAGAGGCUCAGCAAGCACUCCAACAAGUCCUGGUGCUUCUCCACUUGGAAGAUCAAGGCCGAUUUGCCAGGGUCCUGCUGAGUUCCUCCUCCUUGAGAUCCAUUCCUCCAGCUCUCAUUACAGACCUUUUCUUCCAACCCAUCAUUGGAAAGACAGACAUUCUGGAGCUUUUAACAGAAAUGCUGCUGAUGAAAUAGUUUAUGUAACCAUAACGUCCUUGUGCAGAAACAGCUGUUGGGCCAGGCAGCACAUACUUUGCUUGUGUUCCAUUCCAAAAGAAUACACAGUUAAUUUGGGAACACGCCAUGGAUGAAAGUGUAGUGUCUUAGCAGCCACUUUGCAAACAAAGAGGGUGCUAGCGGGCAAACCCAUACUUUUUUUUUUGGAUAGCAGAAUACAGGAAUGCAACAUACACCCAAGCCCUGUGAAGUAUUGCACUUGUAACAAGGUGUUCGGAGUAGGUGAAAUAGCAGCGUUUGUAGCAAAUGUAUUGGCCCCAUGAACUGUGCCAAGUCCUGGGUGCUCAGUGACAUCAGCUGUCACUACUGUAGUUAUGGAAUAAAAGCCCUGCCUGAACCAGUCAUAUUCAAACGUGCCUGCAGCUUCGAAGUGAGGCAUGCAGUAUUGACUUUUACUUCAUUUAUGCGGGCUUCAGUUUCAAAGUUUAAUUUCUAUAGGGAUGUCUCCCUUACAGAAAGACUCCUGGGAACUGCCAUUGGCUGGGAAAUGAUCCACACCCGCCCUCCCAUACUAUAAUCCCAGGAUUUGCUAGUCAGAAAGAGCUUCCCAGUCUUUCAGAAUACAUCCAACCUCCCCCAGCUCCUAAAAAGGACUUUACAAAAAUGCAACUCAUUUUGCUGAACAAUUUUUAAAAUAAAAAUAUUGACUUAUAUAGUCAUACAUUCCAAUCUUCAGGUACAGAUACUUCGUUUUAAUGUAUUCCAACUUUUAUAUAGAUUUGUGCAUUGAGGAGAGCUAAGGUCAGAAAAUGUCAAUUUCCACUAUAGUAGUCAUUAUUUUCCUGCUUUUCCCUCCAGCCUGCUUUGUGUAUGUUGUCUAGAGCUGUUGCUUUUCUCCUCCAGUUUAUCAUGCUGUUCUAUGCUGGUUUAUGCCCUCUUUGCACAAACUCCCAACGUUAGUAUUUUGUGAGCAGGUGCUUCUUGUGAGUUGUAUGUAGUAAGACAUGCUAAGUUAUUAUUUUUUAAGGAAAAAAAGAAAUAAAAGGUUUUGCAGUUUG